UGGUGGGGCGGGACCUAGCACAAGUGUCUUCUUCAGGUACCGCGGCGUGCAGAUGGCGCGAGCCGGACGCCGAGCGACGGUCCCCACGGGCACAGCGGGACCUGCAGGCCCGGGGCGGCCGCAAGGGCGGCGGCAGCAACCGCAGGGGAAGCAGCGCUCAGCGCCGUGGCCCAGGCCGCGCAGCAAAGAGAAGAAGAAAGUGAAUUGCAAGCCCAAGAACCAGGAUGAACAGGAAAUCCCUUUCCGGCUUCGAGAGAUUAUGAAGAGUCGCCAGGAAAUGAAAAACCCUGUCAGUAACAAGAAGAGAAAGAAAGAGGCCCAGGCGGCCUUCAGGAGGACACUGGAGAAGGAAGCGCAGGGCGUGGACCCGGACAUCGCAGUCCCCAAGUUCAAGCAGAGGAAGGGGGAGCCCGACCGGGCCUACGUCCAGCGCAUGGAGCAGGAGGCCCAGCACGUGCUCUUCCUCAGCAAGAACCGGGUGGACCAGCAGCCUGAGGCGCAGGCGGCUCCCAAGGAGAAGUCGGAGCGGAAGAAAGCGUUCCAGAAGCGGCGACUGGAUAAAGUCCGGCGGAAAAAGGCGGAAAAGGCAGUGGAGAGGCUGGAGCAGGAGCUGCUCCGAGACACGGUGAAGUUCGGCGAGGUCGUCCUGCAGCCCCCAGAGCUGACCGCCAAGCCCAGGACGAGCGUGAGCAGGGGACAGCCCAGCAAGAAGUCACUGAUCCUGGGGACGCUUUUGAGCCCUGGCGGUGGGCCCCAGCCUCCGACGGCCUCGAUGGCUCGGCAGCGGAUCCUGGCGGAGGAGAGAGCGAGAGCUGUGCGGGCCUACAGGGCGAUGAAGACACUGCAGCGGGAGCGGCGGGAGGCUCAGUCAGCCCGCCCCCCUCCCAGGAAGAAGCCCGCGUGAUGAUGGCGGGAGACUCUGGGAGAGCAGGCAGGGGGUGGGGGGGGGCGCCCAGGGAUUGAAGUCCUUUCCCUGGACAGAGCCCAGGAUGCAGAGCCUGGGGCACCAGCUCCCAAGUUCCAGAAGGGGCUUCAGGGCCCGCUGUCCUUUUUCCCUCCUUGGACACUGCUUUCCUGACUAUCGCCAGGCCCGUGUCUCACACUGGACACCAUCUGCCCAGACCCCGUCAGGGGGCAGUGCCUGGAUGAGACAGCUGGUCACACCCAGCGUCAUUCCCAGGAGCCUGGCACUGCCCCCACUGCUGUCCCGAACACGGGUCCAGGCUGAGACAGACACAAGCCAAUCCCAUCACCCUGCCCCUAACAGCCAACUAACUGUAGACGCUGUGGACUGGGGUGGAGCCAGUCCAUCACAGGCUGCCCUGGGUCCCACAGAGCAGCACGGCCAGGGACACGAGGCAGGGAGCAGAGAGCCCAGGGUGAGGGCUGGUCAGGGCUCAGGGCGGGCCACUGCCGAGUCCCCAGAGCGUUUUCACGGGGAGCCAUUUUUUGAGGAGGGUCACCCUGGCCUUGCGGUGGUCACCUGCAGUGGCCACUAAGGUUGGUGUGUGGACUUGGGAUUUUACCAUAAAUCCCAGCAGACCUCGGGGGUUGGUUUUUUGUUUUUCAGUUUUUGGAGGUUUGUGGUUAGCAUGAGUUGCCUGGUAUUUGGCCAGUGGAAGAUACUGGUUUUUUGACACUGGUCUGAGCCUCAGGUUGACAAUGCUCCCACACGAAGUGCUCCUUCUGACUCUGUGAGGGGUGCAGCACUGACCUGGGGCGCCCCAGCCGGGUUGCGGAAGUGCUCACCGACUCGGGAGUUGUUGAUUCCAGACCACUUUUGCAGACAGGUCUCAAAAAUACAGAAAACAAAACUGUAACUUCAGACAUCUGGGUUUACGUUGUUUUUCUGCUAUUAAAGUUUGAUGAGUUUC